AUGAAGAUCAACUGGCUCCUCAUCCUCCGCGUGCUGCAGUGCGCCUUUUCGAUCAUCAUUCUCGGCCUCUCGGCCUAUGUCGUCAACUGGUACAACACCGACAUCCUGACCAAGUCGCCCACGCAGGUUAACUUCCUCGUCGCUGCUCCGAUCAUAUCCAUCCUCUCCAUUGCGUAUGCCGAGAUCGCAUCGCGAUUCGUCAAGCAAAUCUACAACCCCUACGUGGCCAUCGCUUGCGACUUUGUCAACGCCAUUCUCUACUUUGCCGGCUUCAUCGCUCUGGCCGUCUUCUUGAGCGGCCUGUUCUUCUGUCGCGGGACCGUGUGCGCGGCCGCGCGCGCCGACACGGCUUUUGCCGCCUUCUCGUGGGCUGCCUGGAUCGCCAGCACCGUCUUGACCGGCGUGGACAUCUUCAGGACCCGCGCGAACAGCCCGACCACGCGGACGCGGGUCGAGAUGAAGCAGGCUGCAACAAGCCAGGCAUGA